AUGAUGAAUGAAAUAAAAGAUCAAAUUGAUAAAAUUUAAUUAUUAAAAGUUCAAGAUUUCAAAAUUGAAAAACAUUUACAAGAAAUAAAAUACAAUUUAAUUGGUAGUCGAGAUAGAAUUUUUUACUAUAAGAAAAAAACUUAUCAUUAUAUUAUUUUGUUAGAUGAUUCUAUAUCUAUGUAAGGAUUUACUGAAGCAUAAAAGGGAUUGUUAUAAUUUUUAGACUUAAUAGAAAAAACAAAGAAUACAAAAGUUACUAUAAUUAUCUUUAACAGUGAUGCAAGAUGUGUAGUAGAUUUUUAGAUUCCAAAUGCUGAAUCUCAAAAAAAUUUGAUUGUUUGUAAUGGAGGAGGUACUAGCUUUGAGAAAGCAUUUUAAUUAGCUUAUCAAAAAAUUGUAGCCAUCUAAGAUUUUGAUUAAUUCACUAAGUAAGAUUUUUUAUAAAUUUAGACAUUUUAUACUUUUCUAUACUGAUGGUGAAGAUUCAUUUCCAACCAAAGCAUUGGAAUAAUUUGCUUAAUUACCAGCAGAGAAAAAAGCAAAACUUGAAUUAAUUGCUUGCUGCCUUGAUAAGAAAUCGAAAAGAAUGAUUGAAAUUGUUGAAUACUUCUAGAAAAAUUGUGCUUUUGCUAUUUUGUAGGACGCUAUGUAACCAUCAGAAAUAGGAGAAGCUUGGUAGAAAUAAUUCCUUCCUUAUAUGGAAGAAGCAUUUGAAUGA